AUGGCCGAAGUCGCCGGCCUAGUGCUUGGAGGUAUUCCUCUCAUCGUUCUUGCGAUGCAAAGCUAUCGUGAAGCUCUCGAGUGGGGGCGCAAAUAUCGCAAGUACGAUGAUCUGCUUCUCAGGACCAAGGAUGCUGUGUUGAUUCAGCAAGAGCAAUUGUACGCAACCUUCGAUGAGAUAGGCUUGCACGAGCCGAAUUAUGACGAACUUGAGGCUCGACUGCAAGAACUUUAUCCAGGAAAGCACGGCUUGUUCAUGCGAGAAAUUGGAAGAAUGGAAGUCACAGUCAAUAAUUUGAUGGAAGAGCUUUGUCUCGACAGCCUUGGAAGGCCCAAAUGGUCGAAAGAGCAACUUGCUCGGAUGAGGCAUGAGUGGCGGAGGAUAAAAGCAGCCGUCACAUCAGGGGAAACAGAGAAGUUGAUAGGCCAACUACAGGAGCGAAACAACCAGCUCAGUAGAUGCCUGAGGAGACCAGAAAUCGUCAGAGGACAGUCGUCCCCUAUGGUCCAGGCUGUACGAGCUCAAUUCAACCUGCGGAGAUUUGAUACCGUGCGCCAGCAUGCUUGUGCCAUCAAGGACACACUUGAUGCCUGUUGGCAUUGUUCCUGUUCGGACCAACAUCCAACGUCUUUGGACCUAAGCUGGCAAUACAACCCCCCAGAAAGUUUUCCGAAGUUUGGGAUAUCUUUGGCCCUCACGAAUCACUCUAAAGGGUUGGCCAUGACGAACGGCCUAGAGUGGCGAAAGAUACAGACGUAUAUCGAAGGUCAGUAUGUCGACACACAUCAGACAAAAGCGGUUCAAGUCCUUGGUUUACGGUCUGGGAAUGCCACCCAGAGCACAAUAACUCAACAAGCACCGACAUUCCUCAAAGGUUUACUUUCCAAGAACCAGCCGCAGGUACUCAAGGUCUCACCUUCAGCGACCAUCACAACCGCUUCGUCAGCACCACGCUCGAGCGAGAUCAAAUCCUUGUGCCAGUUCUUGCAAGGACUAGACAAAAACUGCGGCGAUCUCGGUUUCUUGCUUGUGCCUGGUGAAAAAAAGCGAGUGCAUAUCACACCAGUAACAACGCCUCAUAUAGCGCCAACCGAGAUGGUUACUCUGGAUUCUUUGAUGUCCCCAAAGAGAUCUGUGACUUUUCUGGGGCUAAGCCGAAAGAAGCGUUUCGAGAUCGCAGCAGCAGCCGCUUGGGCAACUCUGUUACUUUAUGAUACGCCCUGGCUCACUGAUACGUGGGACAAAACCGGAUUGUACUUCUUCUUGGAUCGAAAUGCGGCCGAUCACAACAUACAUGCUGCAAGUCCGUGUGUCUCCACCAUGGUCAACAAAGCGAAAAACGCACGGCGUUUCCAGAGCAAGUUGAUACGCAACGAGGCAGUCUUUGCAUUGGGAGUCUUGCUGAUUGAACUGUGCUUGGAUAGCUCGCUUGACGAGCUCGGUAAGACAAUGAAUGCCACGACCAACAGCAAUAGCAUCAUUGAAGACUAUAAGGUGGCGAACAACUCGCUUGACCGGGUCUUCCUGGACGCGGGAGACUUUUAUGGCAAUGCUUGUCGCCUAUGCUUAAGGUUUGAAUUCUAUGGCAGAGACGUGCUGAUGAAUUUCGGAGAGGGGACAUUCCGUCAAGAGUUCUACAACGAGGUAGUUGCGCCUGUUCAAGCCACUUUCUCGGCUAUGCCCAGAUGA